AUGUUUGUUUCAUCAUCAUUACCAGAAGAACCUAACACGAAUUCUGUGGUUUCUUCAUCGUCAUCGGAUCCGAUACAAUCAACCACACAGGCAUCGUCCACUCAAGCCUCUGUAUCCACUCCUUCCACAACAUCACCACAACCAGGACGUAAAUUAGGAAAAGACGAUGAUGAAGAGUAUUUAUUAUUCCUAGAAAAGAGCCUUGAGGAAGAACAAAAAUACAUUACUCCCGAAGAUAUAGAAAAAGCUGAAGCAAUUUAUAAUUCAAUAACGGAUGAAAAUGCAAAAAAUAGAUCUGCCUUUACUCUCUCAGUACUGUAUAUAAAAUCUGGAGAUGAAAUACUGAUACAUAAAGGAAUUUCGUUAUUGGAAAGUAUUUUACGUUGUGAUCACAACAUUUUUGAAGUGAAUGAUUUAUCCAUGGAAAGUUCCUCUCACUACAAGAGAGAUUGUUUAUAUUUAAUUGCUCUUGCUUUCUAUUUCUUGAAAGAUUAUGUAAAAGCAGAGGCUGCCGUUCAAACACUAUUGGAAUUUGAUCGUGAAAAUGAACAAGGAAAGAGAUUGUAUCAAUUGAUUGAAAGAAAGAAAAAAUCACUUCAACAUGAUGGAAUUAUUGGAUUGGCAUUAGCAGGUGUGACCACUUUGGCUGUAGGAGGCCUGAUUGGUUUAGGCGCUUUGGCCGUGGGUCUCAUGAAAUCAAGAAGGUAA